AUGUGUGACUAUUCAGUGUACUUGGUCACAGACUCAACCAUGGUGCCCAGCACCAGUACUUUCAUCAAGCAGGUCGAAGGAGCCAUCAAUGGUGGUGCUACCGUAGUACAACUCCGUGAGAAGAACCUCUCGACCCAAGAUUUCAUCCGUAGGGCCCAACAAGUCCAUGAACUCACCAAGGCCAAAGGGAUUCCUUUGAUUAUCAACGAUAGAAUUGACGUGGCCCUAGCUGUGGACGCAGAGGGGGUCCAUAUCGGUCAAGACGAUAUGCCAAUUGACCUUGCUAGGAAGCUCAUUGGGGACAAGAUCUUAGGAGUGUCUUGUUCCACGGUGGAGGAGGCAGCAGUGGCUUGCGGCCAUGACAUUGAUUAUAUUGGCAUUGGAGCUGUGUAUUCCACAGCCACCAAGAAGGAUACGAAGAACAUCAUUGGCCCAGUGGGGGUGAGGAAAGUACUUAAAGUGUUGCGAGACGGUAAUACGGCCAGAGAUGGUACCAUGUCGGGUGCCAGGCCCAAAAGAAGUCCUAUCAAAUGUGUGGCCAUUGGUGGUAUCAACGAGACUAAUGGUGCGAGGGUUUUACACCAGUGCCAGAUCCAGCACCAGAAAUUAGACGGUUUGGCGGUGGUUUCAUGUAUAAUGGCACGAGAAGAUGCCUAUAGGGCCACCAAAGAUCUCGUGGACGUCAUCAACAAAGGAUGGUGGCACAAAGAGUCCGCUGGGGAAUGGACUACCUCCUUGGUACCUAAGCAAAUGGCACAAGUUAGAACUGUCCAGCCUUUGGUCCACCAUAUCACCAAUAACGUGGUCAAGAACUUCAGUGCCAACGUCACCCUCGCCGUAGGAGCAUCUCCCAUCAUGUCGGAACUACCAGAGGAGUUUCCUGAACUAGCAGCGUUGGGCAACACUGCUCUUGUGCUUAAUCUCGGGACUCCCAGUGCGGCGAUGAUGGAAGUAUUCCAUGCCGGGCUCUCGGCCUAUAACCACCACGGGAAACAUAUUGUGUUUGACCCAGUAGCUUGUGGAGCUACCACGGCUCGUUUGAACUGUUGUCGCCAAUUAUUGAACCAUGGCCAGAUGUCAGUGAUCAAGGGUAACCUCGGGGAGAUCAUGGGGAUUUACAAGCUCUGUAGUGGCUACGCUGCUCAAGAUGAUGGUGCUGUCAUGAGAGGAGUGGAUUCUGUCGCUACCAUGGACGAAGAAAGUAUCGUUAGAAUGGCCACCGAAGUGUCUAAGGACUUUAGAACGGUGGUGGUAGUAACUGGAGCCACCAAUUAUAUUGUUUGCAACGAUAAAGUAGAGACAGUGGAAGGAGGAAGUCAAUUGAUGGGACGUGUGACUGGAAGUGGGUGUAGUUUAGGGAGCGUUAUUGGAGCGUUCCUCGGGGGUGCCAGUGAACACUCUGUCUUUGGAGCCGUGGCGGCAGCUGUGACAGUGUACAACCAAUGUGGACGUAAAGCGGCUGCUGUACAACACCCUGGGUCGUUCAUAUCUUCGUUUAUUGACGAACUCUCCCGAGCAUAG